AUGGCUCGUACCAAGCAGACAGCUCGCAAAUCCACCGGAGGAAAGGCUCCCCGUAAGCAGCUCGCCUCCAAGGCCGCUCGUAAAGCCGCGCCAUCAACUGGUGGUGUCAAGAAGCCCCAUCGCUACAAGCCAGGAACCGUCGCUCUCCGUGAGAUCCGUCGCUACCAGAAGUCGACUGAGCUCCUCAUCCGCAAGCUCCCCUUCCAGCGUCUCGUCCGUGAAAUCGCCCAGGACUUUAAGUCAGACCUCCGCUUCCAGUCAUCCGCCAUCGGUGCUCUCCAGGAGUCCGUCGAGGCAUACCUCGUCAGCUUGUUCGAAGACACCAACCUGUGCGCCAUCCACGCCAAGCGUGUCACCAUCCAGUCCAAGGAUAUCCAGCUCGCCCGUCGUCUCCGUGGCGAGCGCUCUUAG